AUGCAUUCUCAUCUGCUCAUCUGUGUUUUGGCCAUUAUUCUGGGGCUUGUGGCGCUGGGUGAGGCCAAGCCGCAGCACGGUCGUCACCAUCACCAUAGCCAAAGCUCUGACAGGCACUUGCAUCGCGGGGGCAGUAGAGAACAUGGUGGCAGGUUCGGAGCACGGCGGGAAGGUUUCCAACAUGGACAUGAAAGUUUCGAAAAUGGCAGAUUUGGUAAUGGUGGUUCAAAUCGGGGAGGGUUCGGACAACAAGGAGGUUUCGGUCAGGGAGGCUUUGGUCAGGGAGGCUUUGGCCAGGGAGGCUUUGGUCAGGGAGGCUUCGGCCAACCGGGAAUCGGCCAGGGAGGAUUUGGUGCUUUCGGAUAAUUUACAUGUCAAUAAUGAUUUCAUUGUUUGAUACUUGUUGUUGUUUACCUUGUAAUAAACUCAUCUAGAC